CUCUCUCUAUCUCCAUCCCUAAUCGCCGUCGGAUCUUCAUCUCCCUGUUUCGCCGCCGUCUUCCGCCAUGGGCCGCCACGCCAGGAUUACAUUUCUGCAAGCCGAUGCAGCAUCGGCGUCUUAUCUCAGGUACCUGAAGCCCGGUGCGCUGGCUCGCCUUAGAGAUUCGCGGAUCAGCGCAAGGAACCACCGUGCAGUCGGUUCUCGUCUCCCGAUCUGUUCCGUUCACGAUUCUCCGGCUGCUCCGACUCACAUCGUUCCUGGCGACGGUUUUCCCUGUUCUCCGGUCCGGAUCCGCGGCCCGCGAUGUCCUCAGAGGAAGAAACUCGUUGCUGCCAAGGCUGCGUUCUUCUCAAUCCCCCUCCCGACUAGUCCGGUCUCGCAGCCGCAUGAAUCGGCCGUCGACUUGUUCAGCGCCGCCAACAGCGACAGCGCUCUGGUUGCGCAUUGAAAUGGUAUGUUUGAAAACAGGAAAUUAAUUACAGUAAAAUUAGGGCGCAAUUAAGUGUCGAAAUAAGCGUCAUUAGGUUUUCGAUUUCAGUCGGCAGAAUUAAAUCUGCCAUUGAUGCUUGUAAAUCGUUCUGGAAUUGUAUUAAUUGAACAAUUAAAGUGUUUUUACAUGUAAUAAAUGAUGAAUACAGUA